AUGUUCCAGCCUCUCCCCAAGGUCGUUGUUCGGUUGUCAUCCUCCUUGGGGCGCAUUUCCUUUCGCCGACUUAAGCCGAACCGAAUUCUCUCCGUCGCAGCUGUCUUGUUCACUGUUCUGCUUGGGUUUUCAUACCUGAACAAUUUCUGUCUCAUAUGCACACCCAAGGAAGGUAUUGGGCGUCUUUCCGACGGUAUCUCCGUUAAGGUGCGUGCAAUUCAGGAGGUGGUAAAUCCCCCAGAAGUACCACCGGCGUAUGAUGCGGGACAAGCAGCCUAUUUAGACAACUUUGAAAUCCCUGACCUCAUCCCGGGAGCGGACGGCUUCAUCGCUCCUCCGAGUCGAAUCGUCAAACUACCCGAGGUGACGAUUGAAGAGAUCCGCGGUCCUUCAAAAGUAUCCCUUCAAGACUUUAAUGCGUCCGAAAAGAGGAAGAAAAUUAGGGAAAUGACCAAGCAUGCCUGGUCCAACUACGUGAAGUACGCCUGGGGUCACAAUGAGCUCAGGCCCUUGUCGAAAACUUUCCAUGAUACGGAUAUCCUAGGCCGUGUUCCUCUCGGUGCUACCAUCGUCGAUUCCAUCGACACGCUCUAUAUCAUGGGUCUGGAGGAAGAGUAUAAACAGGCAGCUGAUUGGAUUCGGGGCAAACUCGACUUCUCUAAUGCGCCAACUGAGGUUUCGGUGUUUGAAGUCACAAUCCGGUUCGUUGGUGGCCUCUUGAGCAUUUAUUCAAUGACGAGAGAUAAAGCUUUUCUUGAUCGCUCGGUUUCCAUUCUAAACAACUUGCUACCCGCGUUCGAUGAAAAAACCGGUCUUCCAGCCUCCCUGUUCAACCUUCGGACCAAGAAUCGUCGCAACUACAAUUGGGCGAGCAACAAGUGUCAUAUUCUCUCCGAGAUUGGAACACUCCAUAUGGAAUUCCAAUUCGUCUCUGAGCUCACUGGUGAUCCCAAGUACAGUAAGAUAGUUCACCGAAUUAGAGACUACAUAGAUGCAGCCUCCAAGGUCUCUGGCAAUCAAUUUCGCACCCAUGUGAGCGCCCAGCAAGAGGUCUUCUGCAACCGCCGAGUGACACUCUCCGGCGAGGGCGACUCCUUUUUCGAGUACCUCCUCAAGGAGUGGAUCCGCACCGGACAUGCUGAUACCAAGGCUCGCGAGCUCUACGACCGCUCGUUGGAGUCCUUCGAACACCUCGGUAUGCUUCGCACCAGCAAGGCAGGCAGUUUCUACGUCACUGAUUCGCAGCACGGCUCGCCCGGUAACACUAUGGAUCAUCUCGCCUGUUUCGCUGGUGGGAUGUUCGCCCUGGGUGCAGCAAAGCGGGACGCGAGCGACAUGUGGUUCCUUCGUGGCAAACAGCUGACGGAGACUUGUCACAAGUCCUACGCUCAAACGGAGACAAACUUGGGACCCGAAUCCUUUCGCUUCACCAACACCUUAGACGCGGUAGGAGUAUCCACCAAUGAAAAACACUACUUCCUUCGACCCGAGACAGUAGAGUCGUACUUCUACAUGUGGCGGUUCACCCAUGAUAAUGUGUACCGCGAAUAUGCUUGGGACGUUGUUCAGGCCCUUGAGAAGCACUGUCGUUCGGAGGGCGGUUUCUCGGGUCUGAAGGACGUAACAAGUGUAACCCCAACUCAGGAUGACGUGCAGCAGAGCUUCUUCCUAGCCGAAACACUAAAAUACCUCUACCUAAUCUUCUGCGAUGAUUCGGUGCUGCCACUAAACCGAUGGGUCUUCAACACUGAGGGUCAUCCCUUCCCUAUCAUGUCGAGGUCGACUGCAUGA